AUACUACGAAGGUUUGUCCACUUGGGGUUUCCGUACUACCACUUCCGGUAGAAAUCCAACGCUACUGUGGCAGCAUUAGCAAUAAUUUAAGUUCGCGAAACUGUGUGACUUAACUAUUUACUAUAAGCUUCAUGCUUUGUUAACGGUGUUCAUUAUCAUUACAACAAUUUAUUCGAUACAAGCAUAUGCCUUAAAAUGAAAGAAACCUCAUUGUUUUGUGUUUUGCUCUGCUUUCUCAAGAUAGCUUUGUCCGUUAGCUGCUAACAAAGAGAGGCGGAAGUUAGCAUCACAUUGUUGUUGUUGUGAAAAUGUGUAAAGUUCAAAUGCUGAGAGCGUUGGUGAACGAGCGGCUGACUGCUGCCGUGGAAGAAAUAUUUGUAGUGUUGGAAAAAACGAUAGUGGAGUACGAGGAGGAACUUUGUCGGACGAAAGAGGAGAACGAGCGACAACGGCAACUACUGGACGCUGUUAUCAGGCCUCAAACGGAGUCACGCACAGCAGAUGUCAGUGAGGACGAUAUUUCCUCCAAGCAGCAAAGAUGCAGCUCCAGGAUGGAGCAAGAGGAGCCACGGCCCUUUGGUUUUAAAGAGGAAGAGCAGAUGUGGACUGAGGACCAGACUGACAUCAGCAAGUUUCCAGUGACUUGUGUGAUUGUGAAGAGUGAAGGUGAUGAGACUGAAGCUCAGUGUAAACAGCUUGAUCCCAGUCAAAGCGAGGAGAGGAGAAAAUCGGAAGCAGACGGCCUCAUAGCUCCGCUGUCAGCUGGUGACAACACAACGUCGCGCUCUCCUGACACGGAUGAUGAAGACUCUGUCGCUGACAAACAUUUUAAAUGCUCUCAAUGUGACAAAAUAUUUGCCCACAGGAAGAAUUUGCAAAGACACAUGAGAUGUCACAAAGGGGAAAAGCUCAUUUCCUGCUCAUUUUGCAACGAAAGUUUCGCUCAAAGGGAACAUUGGAUAGCGCACACAAAAAAACACGCUGGAGAAAAGCCAUAUUCAUGUUCGGUCUGCAACAUGACUUUUAGGUUUCAGUCCACAUUCAUCAACCACAUGCGAACGCACACUGGCGAGAAACCGUUUAAAUGCUCAGUCUGCAGCAUGAGAUUUAGUGUCCAUUCAUCAUUGCUGAGACACAUGAGGUCGCACACCGGCGAGAAGCCUUUCGUCUGCUUAUUUUGCGGUAAAAAAUUCCCCCGAAAAAUGAGUUUAAAAGAGCACACACGGAUACACACGGGAGAAAAACCCUUCUCCUGCUCGGUCUGCAACGCGAGCUUCCGAUUUCAGUCAAAACUGGUAAACCACAUGCGAACGCACACCGGCGAGAGACCGUUCGCCUGCUCGGUAUGCGAGAAAACGUUCACUCAGAAGGAACAUUUAAGGAUACACAUGGUAACGCACAGCGGAGAGAAAGCGUUUUCUUGCUCCGUUUGCGGCCAAAGAUUCUCAGCAAAAAGCAGCCUGGUGACACACAUGCGAUCGCACACGGGUGAGAAACCAUUCAGCUGCAAUGUGUGCAAUGAGAAGUUCUCUUAUAAGUAUCAGCUUUGCAAACACGUGUGUGUUGGGGAGAGCAGCGGAAAUCAAGCAUAUUUUACUGAAUAGAUUGAACCUUUUUAGGCAGCUUGUGUCUUCUGUAUGUUAUAAUUAUGUAUGUGUGCAACACUUUGUAACCAACUGAAUCCCAGACCUGAUAUUCAUUAAAAUCUGUAAAGGUU